AUGGCGCGAUCAGCAUCGGAUGCCACCCGCUUCACAGCAACCACUCCAUAUGCCAGCGCCAAACCUCAGGGACAGUUCACUCCCAGUCCCGUACAGAUGGGUCAUGCUGCACCUUCCGGAGAAACACCUCAACAGAAGAUUGCAAGAUUAAGAGCUGCGGCUUCUAGAGCACGAACCGGCAAGGAAUCGACAUUUGACUCCGUUGUUAGAGUUGGAAGAAGAUGGGCAGAUAGAGCACACAGAUUGACUGCCUAUUCACUGAUAGGCUUGACCGUCAUCUCUGGAGUCACCGCAUCCUUCGCUAUCGGAGACAUGCUCAUGCACAACCGCCGCAAGCGCAAUGAAUGGCUCGCCGAUCAACAAGCCAAGCACCAAGUCAAGAUCAACGAAGCCCGUGUAGCCUUCAACCAAGGCCUCGCCGACGAAGACCAAAUCCUCCUCCUCAACCAAGAGCGUACCAAGGUCGAGGCCGCCGAAUUGCAAAAGAACAGACCCGGCAUGAUCAGCCGUAUCUUCUCAUCAGCACCAAAGGAAGAACAACAGGGAGGAAACUUGGAAGUACAGCAUACCGCAACUGCCGCGAAAGAGAAGGUCAAGGAUUUGGGCAUCGUCAAGGCUGUCGAGGACAAGGUCGAGGAACACAAGUGGCAGAAGCCUCAAACGGUCGGAGCAGAGGCAGUGAUUGGAGGACCGCUGGACAAAGAGGCAGCUGCUUCAGUGCUCGCAGUACAGGAAAAGUCAAAGAGCUGGACAAACUGGUUGUUGAGGAGGUGA